GUCGCCAUGGCAACGAUGCCGGCUUCGGGACUCCAACGCCCUCGAGCGUGCAGCUAGGCGGCAGGCGCAGUGCGGGGCGGACAUGUCCCAGGCUGGGCCGGAGAGCAGGGGCGACGCGCCUGAGUCAGAGUGCCGGAGGAUACUCGAGACCCUCGAGUGCAGCAUUAAACAGUUCCAGUUCGACCCCAGACAUAACAUUUCAGAUAAUUUAAAGGUUGGCUUUUUCAGCACAGACCAUGCUACUCAAACAGACUCCAAUGAAAUUUUGCCACUUAAAGAACUGAGUUUAUCUACGCAGAAGUUAGUGCAGCUUAUCAAAUCGCUUCAGGUGGAUUUUGGGUUCCUCAAACAAUUGCUUCAGUUGAAGUUUGAGGACCGACUUAAAGAAGAAUCUUUCAGUCUCUUCACUGUUCUGAAUGACAAGAUCCUAGAAAUAGAAAAACAUUAUCAACAGAAUGAGGAGAACAUGAGAAAAUGCUUCCAGCAGCAGUUAGCCGAUGCCAUAGCCGUCAUCAAGGGAAUGUACCAGCAAUUCUUUGAGGUGGAAGAAGAAAAGACUUAUUUGCAAGAUGCAACUAGUGUCAAAAUGGGUGUUUUGUUAAGAAAACUGAAAGAAAGAGAGGAAAUGAUUAAGGAAUUAAGAGAUGAGCUAGACCAAUAUAAAGAAUCUGGAUUUCAAAAACUGGAUUCGUUUGCCAGAGAGACCACCUCUCCAAAAGCAAUUUUAGAAAAGGAAAACUUGGAGUACAAGGCAGAAAAUGAGAGACUGCUUCAAAUCAUUGCAGAACUCGAAGAGGAAAUUGAGCUCAAUCUAAAAGAAAAUUCAGUAUUAGAAGAUGAAAUUGUAUCUCUGAAAGAGAUGGCAGACAAGGAUCAGAGAACUAUUCAUAAGUUAAUUGAUGGUAGAGACAAAUUAAGAUACGAGCUUGACCAUGAAAAAGCAUUAGUUCAAGAAAUGGUUAACAAACAAAAAGAGGACAUGGAAAUGAGAAAAAAAUACAGCACCAUCAGGGGCAAGAGCCUAAGAUUAGCCAAGGGAAGAGAAGCCUCUUUGUCCCCGUGGCCCACACAGACCAGAUCUUUAUCCAGGACUAUAACAACUUCGAGGCCAUCUUCUGUUUCAAAGACACCUCCUACUUCGAGGCCAACGUCUGCUUCCAUCAGUACAGCAUCGCCUGGCAGGACCAGGAGAGUCAAGACUUCAAGGAAAUCUCCAAAGGGACACCAUCACCACCGUGCGAUUAGACAUACAACACCUGAAGUGGCAUAUGAAGAAAAGACAGCAGUAUCAAUGCCCAAGAUUGAAGACCGAAGUAAUUUGGAGCUCCAGAUAGAAGUAUUAAAGGCCACUUUAGAGAAUGAAAGAAGGAAGAUGGAAAGGUACAGGAAGGAAACAGAACGGUUAAACAAAAACUGGGAAAAGAAAUUCUUCAUUCUCAGGAACAGCUUUCACGCGCUUAAGGAUGAGAUGUUUACGAGGCACACACUGUUCCGUCAGUUUGCGGUGCUUGCUGAUACAUCCUUCAAUUACGUGAAAGUAAAACCCUUAUUUGUGCAGCCUAAAGUGAGCUCGAUAACAGAUACAUCAUCUUCGAGUAGUUUUCGUACAUCUUCGAUAGACAACAAAUACAUAGAUACAGUCAGCGAACAGUUAUCCAUACGACGUACAUCAAAAGGGAAGAUGGCAGGAACCAUGAAAGAGCCGUUGAAGAAGUCAUCCCUACCCCAGAGCAGCCCGGUGAACGAGUUGGACACUUCUGAUUAACCCGGCAGAACAGAGGCGUCCGGACUGCCUGACUGGCAAAGGACGCUAUCUCCCCGACCUUUCUGAACUAGCUGUCGGUCCCUCCCUCUGC